AUGGCAGAUCUGCUGGGAAAUCAGUUCGGCCCAGAUAAAGGCGACAAGCACCGCAGGCGGAACGAAAUUACGGGCAUCCAGCCAUGUCUGCAAGACAGUCAACCUCCCAUGAAGACGACCACCGAACCAUACAACCAACCUGAAAAGACACGAGCAGAGGAAAACACGGAAGACGACCAAACGGCGUGGGCAAACUGGGUCUACCCUCCAGAAUUUUACGACAGUCUCUCGGCGGUCCAUUUAACUGAACAGUCUCUUGCGGAGCACAAUCGCCGUAACCGCCUCACACAAAAUCAUAUCGCAGGUCGCCAUCGGACACAGGACGUCGUCUCGGCUCGUCCACCUACGGCGCAAAACACGAAAGAUAUCGGUCGGUUUGCGCGACACGGCGGUCCGGAUCUCAUGGACAUCCGUAAUCAUGGCAACGACGAGCCGUCUCUUUCCAAUGCGACAACAGUAACGGAUGCGAAGGUAAAAAGGUCGACGCCGUACGACGCCAACUUUGAGCAGCACUUGAACGACCACAAUGUGCAAGCCACCUACAACUCGCAAAAGCCAGUGAAUUGGGUCGAGAUCAGAGCCGUCUUGAAUCAACGGCGGCCGUCGCUCACAUCAACGCAAUUCCCCGAGAGUGCUUUCGAAACGUUCCAAGACAAGAACAACUGCGCGCCGAAUGAGGACACCGUAAUGGUUGACGGUCUCCCAACCAUUCUAGGCGAAUGUGCCUCUCACACCGACCGCCAGGCGUCCAGACGAAACAUGCUCUUCAAUAACCUCGCCACCUUGACAGACGGGUCUAUUGCGCACGCAAAGCCUGAUGUGUAUUAUGGAGCCCAACCGGAAGAUCUAUCGCGCCAUGUUCGUGACGUACUCAAUAAUCAUAUAAUGCCAUCGACUGUACAAAAAAGGCCCAUAGCACCAAACUUCUUCGUCGUAGUGAAAGGCCCCGAUGGCACUGCAGCGGUGGCCAAUCGACAAGCUCGGUUUGACGGAGCGAUCGGGUCGCGCGCGAUUCAUUGCCUGCAAAACUACGGAGAGGAGGAGCCAAAGCACGACGGCCGUGCGUAUACGUUUAGCACGACGUACCACGACGGAACGCUGAAAAUCUAUACCCAUCACGUCACUGCACCAACGAGCAAAGGCGAACGACCCGAGUACCACGUAAACAAGAUACGCGGGUUUGACAUGACUGACACGCGCGAAACGUUCCUGCAAGGAGUCACUGCGUUCAGAAAUGCCAGGGACUUGGCCAAACAGCAUCGGGACGUCUUUAUCCAGUCGGCAAACGAUGCAGCAACGAGAGAGGCGUCUGAGGCGGCUCGAGAGCGGGACAGAGAUACAAAGGAAGACACGGACAGGAAUACGCGAGAGGGACACAAGUCUGCAGAAGAAGCACACCCAGGACAAUCUUUUGCAAGCGACACGCCCGUCAUGUCGACGGCGGACAGCACCACAACGAAGCAGACGAGGCGGCGACAUUCCCCGCCAGCAUCUGAGGUGUCGGUCCGAUUCACACGAGCCGCAAAGAGACGUCGAUGUACCGCAGGUGGAUUGUGA